AUGGAUUUAUUGCAGAAUUUGGCAUUAUCUGCCAUAUUGGUCAUUCUGGUAUUUAUUUCUGAGCAAUUGCACAGCUGGAUCAAUACCCCAGAAAUUACUCGCUACGGUGUCGCACUCAGCAGGAAAGCCCCUGGCACGUUGCCAUUCCUCGGCAACGGCAUCAAAUUCAUCCAGCCUCGCCAGAACCUGUUCGACUGGUUUACCAAGUGCAUCCAUCUGCACGGCCGUGAAACCCUUCUCAUCACUGUGCCCUCCUUGCCCCCAGGUGUCAUCAUAUCCGACCCUGCGAAUCUCGAUUUUGUCUUCAAGAAUGAGCCCAUAUUUCAAAAAGGCGCAUUCUUCAAAGCAAGAUUAAACGACUUGUUUGGCAAUGGAAUCGUCAACUCUGAUGGCGACCAGUGGAAGAGGCAGCGGAAGGUCGGCGUACAGCUGCUCGCUGGCGCAAACAUGAACAUCGUCACCGGUCAUGAACUUCCAGCCAUCCUGGGGAAGACUAUUCGACACCUUACUAAAAGGGCUGAUACUACGGAGAUUGUCGACCUCGAUGCCAGUAUCCUAGAAAUCACCACACAGCUUAUUAGCAAGAUGGUUUAUGGCGUCGAGCUGCAAAGCCACGACAGCUUCACCCAGGCCUUUGACUACUCUGCUGGCGUUGUUUCUGAGCGCUUCCAGAACCCGCUGUGGCGCUUCACUGAAAUUUUCAGUGGCUUUCGAUUCCAAAGAGCCUUGAAAUUGAUAAAGACCCGGGGUGUGCAGCUCGUCUCGCAUUCUCUUUUAACCAAAGACUCCGACAUUUGUUUUGGCAGUACAGACCUUCGAAGAGCCUCCAAAGGUUUCCUGAAGGGUCUUCUAAAGGCUCUGGGUGACGAUGGCCUUGUCGCAGAAUCAGCCUUGAAUUUUCUGUCCGCUGGCAGAGACACCACCGCCCAGGCUCUAUCUUGGACCUUUUAUUUGCUUAUGAGACACCCUCGUGUGGCCUGCAAAAUCAGAGAGCUGAUGGGGGCUUCUUCCACCCGCCAUUCACCAUCCCAGCCUUCCCACGGCGAACCUUCCCCAGAGGCGGUCGCCUACACUACUGCCGUGUUCUAUGAAACCAUACGGCUGUAUCCUCCCAUUCCCUUUGAGAUCAAACAGGCGCAGUCCGAUGUUUUACUGCCCGAUGGUACUUUACUUCCAAGCAAAUCGAUCGUGGUUUGGUGCACCUGGGCAAUGAAUCGUUCAAAAGACACCUGGGGAGAGGAUGCUUCUGACUUUCGCCCAGAGAGAUGGCUUGUUGACGGACGGAUGAGAUACAGGGAAGCGGCCGAGUUUCCAGUCUUUCAGGGUGGGCCGCGACUUUGUCUCGGUAAGAAGAUGGCUGAGAUGGUUGCCGUGCAGGUGAUCUUGGAACUGGUGUCCUUGUUCAACUUUUCGCCGGCUUAUGAGGGUGAGAAGGUUAGUCGGAAUCAUUUGACACUGCCAAUGGAAGGGGGUCUCAAAGUCUACGUCGAGAAGUUGUAA